AUGGAAGGUCUGAGGAGAAACUUCGGAGGCAAGAGUCAGCAAGAGUUCAGUUGCAUCCUCAUCGAGCGUAGCCUCUUCUUCCGCAAGUUCUUAUGUGGUGCCAUCGUCACCGCCGAACAGGCAGAGGCCGCGCUCCCCCUUCUGCGCCUCCUCAUCCUCCCCGUGCGGCGUCGUUGGCUCCGCAGCCACCGCGACAGCUUUGCCUGGCGCCAUGAUACCACGGUAGUUGCGCUCGGCUAUGAAGUGUUACUGCUGCUGCUGCAGUUCCUGUACAGCGAGCAGGUGUCUCUAGUGUCGUGGAAGAGGGAACCCCGACUAGGCUGCGGCGAGAGCGGCUACUGGCACACCCACUGCACCACUGUUGUGGACCUCGCACUCGAAACCCUCACUGCCGCCUACUCCUUCGGCAUCGAGGAGCUCACCCUUCUCACCCAGGUUGGUCUCGAGAUAUUGAUGCUCCUUUAA